GGCGUCCCAGUGACGUGGACGAGCCUCGGCCACUGCUCCCAGUUCGUCCCUGGGAUUCAUCUGAUGACCAGCUCGGAGUGACCAGCUACACGGGAGCUGCUGCAGUCACUAGUGCGUGUGUACGUGCGUGUGUGUGUGUGUGUGUGUGGAUGCAGAGCAGACAUGGACCAGCUCUAACAAUCUGACUGUGUGUUGUGUAAAACCACACGAUGUGGAUGCGUCUGUGAGCCUCUGCUGGGAAACGGGACAGCAGCGGGGACAUUGACUUUUCGGCUGUGUUCCUGCUGGAGGCUGAAGCUGCUCCAUUGGUAUUCUUCUCGGCACCGCCCGGCCCAGCUGAGAGCGUUUGCACUGAAGCCUCGUUCUGUCUCGGUUUGUGUGCUCGAGUGGUCGCUGCGCCCCUGCGACUCGAGCCAUGGGCUGCACGGUGAGCGCCGAGGACAAGGCGGCCGCGGAGAGGUCAAAGAUGAUCGACAAGAACCUGCGAGAGGACGGAGAGAAGGCAGCCAGAGAAGUGAAGCUGCUCCUGUUAGGUGCAGGCGAGUCUGGGAAGAGCACCAUUGUAAAGCAGAUGAAGAUCAUCCAUGAAGAUGGCUACUCAGAAGACGAGUGUAAGCAGUACCGGGCGGUGGUUUACAGUAACACCAUCCAAUCCAUUAUGGCCAUUGUUAAGGCAAUGGUCAGUCUCAAGAUAGACUACAUUAACCCAUCCAGAGCGGACGAUGCCCAGCAGCUCUUUGCCCUGUCUGCAGCAGCCGAGGAGCAGGGCCUGCUCCCCGGCGACCUGGCCAGUGUGAUCAGGCGACUGUGGGGCGACAACGGGAUCCAGGGCUGCUUUGCAAGGUCGCGAGAAUACCAACUCAACGACUCUGCAGCAUAUUACCUGAACGACCUGGAGAGGAUAGCUAAAUCAGAUUAUAUCCCCAGCCAGCAGGAUGUGCUGCGAACUCGGGUCAAGACCACAGGCAUUGUGGAGACUCACUUCACUUUCAAGGAGCUGCACUUCAAGAUGUUUGAUGUGGGGGGCCAGCGCUCAGAGAGAAAGAAGUGGAUCCACUGUUUUGAAGGAGUCACAGCCAUCAUCUUCUGCGUUGCACUGAGUGCUUACGACCUGGUGCUGGCUGAGGAUGAGGAGAUGAAUCGAAUGCAUGAGAGCAUGAAGCUGUUUGACUCCAUCUGCAACAACAAGUGGUUCACCGAGACCUCCAUCAUCCUCUUCCUCAACAAGAAGGAUCUCUUUGAGGAGAAGAUCACUAGCAGCCCUCUCGCCAUCUGCUUCCCAGAGUACACAGGAGCCAACAAGUUUGACGAAGCCGCCAGUUACAUUCAGACCAGGUUCGAGGACCUGAACAAGAAGAAAGACACCAAGGAGAUCUACACCCACUUCACCUGUGCCACUGACACCAAGAACGUGCAGUUUGUCUUCGACGCCGUCACCGACGUCAUUAUUAAGAACAACCUGAAAGACUGUGGUCUUUUCUAAAGGACGAUGCCUGACUGCAUGAGACUGCAACAGCCAUGAGAUAAUUACCGCUUUUCAUAAUGAAAACCCGAAUAGACUUGAUUCCUAAAGGGGACAGGUGAAAGAACUUCAACAAUCACUGACCUGCUACCAUCACAUUGUGUAUUGUUUUAUUAUUAUUUAUGGCUUAUGAUACAUUUUAUAUAUAUAAACACACUGAGUACCUUUUCCCAAGAAUCCCCUUAUUGCAACAGUCCAGGCACUCACCCAAAAUAUUUGAUUUAUAAUUAAUUAUAUGAGCUGAUUGGUUUAAGUGGAAAAUAACUUUUGGAAGUAAAAUGUAUAAUAAUAACAGUAACAUUAUUUAAUUCUGGCAAAUACAAAUACAGUAAAAUGUAUGUAUUUUUCUUCCUGAGCCUUUGAGGAGCAGUUUGAGAGCCACUAGUCUCAUUUUUUCUAUUCAGAUUUAUAUUGUAGUUGAAAGAUUUAAGUUUCAUUUUAUUUAACUGUUUGUUUUUGAAGUUCAGUAAUAGGAUAAAGUACAAAAACAACUUUUUAUAAAAAAAAAUCACAUUAACUUAUGUUAACUAGCGUUGGCAUUUUAUGAACCUUUUGACUGCACAGAGCUUAUUUUUAGAAAAAAACUAACACGCAUGGAGAAUGAAAUAUGGACAAAGGGAAAAUCUUUUUUUUUGUACGAUGUUUACACAGAAUCAAUGUUCUCACAUAUACUCUAGUGCAUUGUUCUGCAUGACUGUCCAUAGAUUAGCCUGUAACCCCCACAAACUGAAUAACAUUCCUGAGUAACUUCUUUAAAGAAACAAAAAACAGAAAAAGGUUAAGUGUCACGUUUAAGAUAUCUGCAAGAUUUUUAAAUGCUUCUGUCUGUUCCUAAUAUGAAUUGUUCUGUAAUCUUUGUUUCAUUCCAAGUCUUUUUCCAUAUGUCUGUGCCUUGAUAUCUGUUUACACUUGUUCUUUAGAGACAUGCUAUCUUCAUAGUGACAAUUAGGGCUAUUUCUACUCCACUUUGAUUCACACGAGCCAUUCUUUGAAAAAAAGCACCACAACACUCAGACAAACAAAGGAAAACUGUUCAUUGAUAUUGUUAAAUGUAAAUAAAGUUUGGUCACAUGA